CUGACACCCAAUCCAGGUCUUGUUUUUGUAGCGAUUUGUCCCGAAUCUUUCACCUGAACUUGUUAUGCUGCCCCUCUCCCGACGUGGCUUGCCUUCAAGCGCGAGAAGAAGCAUCAAGGCCACGCGGUUCUUUGCUACGCAUGAGAACAAGGACAAGUAUAAGGUGGUCGUUGUAGGAGGAGGAUCAGCGGGCUUGACGGUAGCCAAUCAGAUUUACAACCGCUUCAAAGCUGGCGGAAAGGCGUUGAACAGUGAUGACAUUGCAGUCGUGGACGCUGCCGAAUUUCACUACUACCAGCCUGGAUGGACACUAGUUGGCUCCGGGCUUCGUCAAAAGACAGAGUUCAGAAGACCGCUCCAAUCCUUGAUCCCGGGUCACAUCACGCGUAUCUCCGAAAACGUUCAAUCAUUCUCUCCCGACAAAUCAUCUGUGAAGACUACAAGUGGCCGAACGCUGUCCUACGACGUCCUAGUCGUAGCUGCGGGUCUCAAGACAAACUGGGACUCUAUCUCUGGACUUUCUAAUGCACUUGCGGAUCCCUCUUCGGGCGUCUCCUCCAUCUACUCUUACGAUACAUGCGACAAGGUCUGGAACGACAUCGACGGGUUGAGAUCUGGUCGGGCGAUCUUCACCCAGCCCGCAGGUGUCAUCAAAUGUGCCGGCGCUCCUCAGAAAAUAAUGUGGAUGGCUUGGGACAGGUAUCAGAAGACCGGACGUGGCAAGAAUGUCCAGGUUGAUUUUCGCACAGGCAUGCCAUCGAUGUUCAGUGUGAAGAAAUAUUCGGAUGCGUUGAACGAACUUCGAAUUGAGCGUGGCGUGGGCGCUGAAUUUCAGCACAAUCUGGUUUCAGUAGACGUCGGAAAUCGUAAAGCGACAUUCCAGAAGACUGACGGAUCCAAGACCGAAGAGGAUUAUACACUUCUCCAUGUCUCACCCCCGAUGGGUCCGCUGGAUUUCAUCAAGAGCUCCCCUAUUGUUGAUGCUACCGGUUGGGUUGAAGUAGACCCGGCAACUUUGAGACAUGUGAAGCCGGAGUAUGGGAACAUCUUCGCUUUGGGAGACUGCUCUUCCCUUCCUACUAGCAAGACCGCGGCUGCAAUAACAUCACAGGCACCCGUGUUGACCGAGAAUUUAUUUUCGGUUGUGGACAGUGGUGAAGUCAGUUCUGCCAAAUAUGAUGGGUAUACCAGCUGUCCGCUCCUAACCGGAUACGGUGAACUGAUGCUCGCCGAGUUCAAGUAUGGUUUAGAACCCAAGGAGAGCUUUGCGAGUUAUCUCGGAGAUCAAAGACAGCGCCGAAGGAUUUUCUAUCAUCUGAAGAAGGAUGUCUUUCCUUGGGCCUACUGGAACGGGAUGAUCAAGGGAACCUGGUAUGGUCCCACCGGUCCGAUCCGUCCGACCUUUUCGUGAGGAGACAUAUUACUACUAUACCUUGCACUGUCGGCCUCAAAACUUGCGACUCAGAUGUAUGUACACUGCAAGCCCAUAGAUGGAUUUUAUGAGGUUGCAGGAUACAACUAUUUAGAAAGAUAGCUACACGACGUAUACCGAUCAAUCGUUGGUGCGUAUUGGCCCGCUAUGAACAUGGGCUGCAGAAAACAAUUCCUACUAGUGGAAUUAUACUUCGGAGGAAUUAUACUUCGGAGGAAUAACUUGGGGGGAGCUGAAU